GAAGAAACACACCUACAUCCAGGGAUGCCUCCUGUUGGCCCUGUGCGCCAUGUCCAGCGUGGCCGUGUACGCGACCUGGACGAUGAUCUACCGCCAGAAUCUAAUCAUUCCACCGACACUAAUCGACAUUCCAUCCCUUUGGCGGGAACGGCUUCGCCAGUAUGCCGAGGUCUACAGCAGCACAUUCCAGCCCGCGUCACCGUCGGACGCCUUGCCGACCGCCACGAGCAGCAUCGGUCUGGUGUCGGAGGACACGCUAGCCCAAAUCCUGAACACGCAAACGCCCGCCAACGACACGGAGCUGGAGCAGGAUGCGGAACGGCGCAUCAAGGAGCUGGAGAACGAACGGAUCCUGCCGUCCAAGUUCGGCAAUUUCAUCUACUCCAAGGAGGCGUCCCGGGGUGGCAGGGCCAUUCGGAAAAUCGUAUGCUACUAUACGACCCCGUCGAUGGGGGUGAUUAGGGAGGAGCGGCGCGGGAGCAGCCGGCUGCGAAGUGAUUUGUUUCCCCAGGAUAUCGAUCCGCAUCUGUGUACGCACCUGAACGUGGGAAUCAUUGGGAUUGUGAAUGGGACGUUGUACAUCGAUGAGGAUCUGAAAGUGGUGUUCAAUCGGACGAAGCAGCUCAAAAAAGCUAACAAGGAGCUGAAAGUGCUGCUCUGGGUGGGGGGAGGCGGGAUCGGGGGGUUCUCGGAGAUGGUGGUGAACCACGCCAGCCGGAAGUUGUUCAUUCAAUCGCUGAAGGCAACGCUGGAGCGCUACCAGUUGGAUGGUGUGGACCUGGACUGGGAGUUUCCGGGUAGUUGCUGCAAGAACAGGAUGCAUUUUUCGCAGCUGCUGCAUGAGAUACGGAGGGAAUACCAGCGGGAGCAUCGGACGUAUAUUCUGAGUGUGGCGGUAGCGGCGCCGGCAAUAAUUGCGUACAUGUCGUACGACGUGCGGGAGAUCAACAGCUACGCGGACUACGUCAACAUUAUGACGUACGAUUAUCAUUUCUACUCGCCGGAUACGCCGCAAACGGGUCUCAAUGCGCCGCUCUUCCGGCGGCAGGGCGAGCUCUCGCUCUUCGGCACCCUGAACAUCAACGCUUCCGUCCACUACUGGAUGUCUCAGGGGCUGGAGAAGAGCAAGAUCGUCAUCGGGCUGCCCACGUACGGGCACAGCUACCAGCUGGUGAACUCGUUCAACACUCGGAUCGGGGCACCCGCUUCCAGCUACGGCCGCACCGGCAUGAUUGGGUACGCGUCCUACUCGGAGAUCUGCUGGUUCCGGCGGCACAACAUCUACGUCCAUCAGGUGUACGACGUGGAAAGCUGUUCGCCGUAUCUGUACGCCGGAACGGAGUGGAUCUCGUACGAGGACGAGCGCAGUUUGGAGUGCAAGGCCAACUGGAUCAAGGAGAACGGGUUCGGCGGGGCGAUGAUAUUCUCGCUCAAUACGGACGAUUUCGGGCAGUACUGUGCCGACAGUGCCAUAUACAGUGACGAGGACGGGGCUGGGUUGAUGGGAGCGAACGCUCCGCGGGAGUCCAGCAGUUUUCCACUGCUGAGGAAGAUUCAUUCCAUACUGGCGGAUAAGCAGGGGGUUGAUUAGGGGCGGCGGGAAUCAGGUUGGGAGGGGUCGGUAGAAUUAUGACGGCACUAAUUAUGAAACAAUAACUGAAAAUACGACUUAUAAUGUGUAAGAGUAAUAUUUAUGAAUUUGUAUUAGCGAUUGAAAUAGGGAGGGAAGGCGGCAAGUGAGAUUUUUAAAGUUAUCUAAGGAAAUGUGUUGUAUGAUCUGCGGAUAAAAUGAAAUUUAGGACAUGUAACCAUUCGGUCAUAAUGGCAAAAAUCUCACAAUGCAAAAAGACGUGAUAGUGUGAGCUGAGCAUUUGUAUAUUUAGACGAGAAUAAAUUUUGAAACAUAAAAGAAAAACGAAAAAAUAAACCAUGUAGUUAGUUGUUAGGAAUGUCCAAAUCAAAGAAAACAAAUUGAUAUUAAUUUCGUUAGCAGUAUUGCAUAGUGUGCAACUUGGACAAGCAAGAGAACCGUACUCGAAUUAUUUGUGGACAUUAGCUACGUAUUUCUAGUCAUCAUUGUUUCGAUCCCGGUACGAUUUCAACCUUGUGUGUCUUAGUAGUGGCGAAUAGUAGUUUUUUUGGUUUCGUAUGCCAAUAAAAUGCAGCAAGAUUUCUUAUGUGAAUUGUUAUCAACAGGUUUGAAUAAAUUAGGAAUGGAUUACGUUCUGAUACAAUUGUCUUCCAAAGCUGAAAAUUAAAGAUGUUUUUGAGUUUA